GUGAAGAGGGGUGGAGGAGUAGAGCUACCCUGAGAAACACACUGGCCUUUAUAAGCAGAAAGGAAGAGUGGAGCUGAUUGAAGGUAGGAAGGAGCCUGAGGGAGAAGAAGUGAUGGGAUAUCCCUUAUGGACCUUUUCCUCCUGAUGCUGUCUGGGGCAUCAACCCUGACAGGAAAGACUGAUAUGAUGGUGCAGCAGGAGCCACAAGUCCUGGAGGUGGGCCUGGGUGAUAAAGUGAACAUGACAUGCAAUGUCACCCAGGCCAUAGGGCAGCAAUUCCGAGUAAAGUGGAAGAAGGAUGGCAAGGAACUGUCGUCCAUACCCAUCAGUUGGAACUCCAGCCAAGUUACGUGGGGAUCCAAAGAAAAGUUAAUCUGGAUCCCAGAAAAUACCAUCAUCCUGAGUCUAGAUGAUGUGAAUGCUAAUGACAGCGGGCACUAUGUGUGCUACGUGACAGUGGACAUCCCAACGCUUAAGAGAGCUGAAGGCAAUGGGACAUAUCUCAUAGUCUCAGAUUCCUUCAAAGGCAGCUGGAUCAAAGUCUUUCAAGGGAACCACUUAUAUGGCAAUGUUCUCUACUACCACCAGAAGGCUACCACAGCAGGCAAGGGCAAGACUCUGGCAGUGAGUAAGAGAGAAGAGAGCCUGUACUCUAGUAGUUUCCCCAAGCCCCCACCCCAGAGUCUCUGCUUCUUCUCCCUGGAACCCUCCCAGACCCACCCCAGCCUGCAUCCUGCUAGUUCUCAGCCAUCAAAAACAGCUCCCUCUCCACCCUCCACUUAACCUAGUAUUUCUCAGCCUAGCCCAGUGUGGGGUGGGGGAGGGGUUGGCCUUCCUGAAAGCUGGAAAGUGAGGGAGGGCUGAAGUUUCCCAGAAGCCAGGAGGUUGACUUUUCAGCCAAGUCACGGAGGAGCCGAUGCUUAAACAUGAGCUGGGGCUACAUUUUUGGAGAUGGACGACAUGAGAGUGUUUUGCUUGACCAUGAAUAUUGGUUACAAGGGGUUUGUUUUUCUUUUUUAAUUGGGGAGGGGAGGGAGUAGGGAAAUUCUUGUUGAUUAAAAAACAAACAAAAAACAACAUGAUCUAAAGCCAAUCUUCUCAUACACUACAUCCAUCAUGUCCUAGGUGGCCAUCUAGGACACUAGCCGAGCUUGCUCUCCCCCCUUUCCCCAAGCCUAAUGCCCAGCUGACUUGGUAUUCUAAUAGUCCCUCCAAAAAGCCUAGAAACCAGAGGCCCAUGUUUGAUGAGGCCAGGGAGGGGUGUGGACUGUAAGACCCCAGGGGACCCGAGAAGGGAAAGGGAAGGGAUAGAGUCUGAGAGACUGAAGUCUGAGGGGUUGGAAUUAAGAGGACUUGGAUCUGAGGAAACUAGGAUCCUUGCAACUGGAAUGGAAGAGACUGGGAGCUGGGGAUAUUGCAAUAUGAGAUUGGACUUUAGGGGAGACUUAGAUCUUGGAGGCUGCUAUCUGAGGAAACCAAAAUUGGAGGGGCUGGUUUCUGUGGGCUGGUAUUGAUUAGAUAAAUCUGAAAAAUCUAUUAUUUGGGGGCUGGAAUCUAGGGAAGCUAAAUUCUGGGUAGCUGAGACUGGGGAGAGACGAGAGUGAAAAUAAGCACAGGGGCACAGUGGAGAAAGGAGGCUAGCUGACCUGACUAAAAGGACCUUCCGAAAGUCACUUCCUAUCUCCAGGAACCGGGGGAAGGCUGAGAUCUUGGGGGUGGGGGUAGGAUUAAAGGAAUCUGUGAUCUUGGUUGUAUUGGAGUAAGACUGGGAUCUGGGGAACUGAGAUCCUGAGGUUGGGACAGGGGAAAGACUGAAGCACAUGGGGGUCACCAUCCCCACAUCCUCAAGGAGUAAUCCAUUUCUAGGGGAAUAGCUGAGUGGGUUGGGGGGAUGCAGAAAGAAGUGAGCUUUCCUGGGGACCUUCCUGACACGAAGUGGGAGGAUCAGAGACAGUUCCUUAUUAUCCCAGUUUUCAAGUGACUUAAACACUGACCUCUCCAAUCCCCACACACACUGGGCUUCCUUUGGCCCCAUCAGGAGAAGCGAUAGGUCUGAGGUCAACCUGGUACCCCAGCCUGCAUCCCAGUAUCAUAGCACUAAGGCUUUUUUCUAGGCUUGGCCUGCAGCCCAAAGCUCCCAUCCUAUGUAUGCAGCAUGAACAUGCGCGCACACACACACACACACACACACACACACACACACACACACACUCUCACACAGUCACACACUGUCGGCCUCCUACAGCUGUUUCUUAACCCCCUCCCUCAGAGCACAGAUGGAAGAGAGGAGAGCAGAGGAGCAUGGGCAGGUGGCCAGAAUACCCCGCUUCUCCCUGCCCCCUUUCUGCCUGUAGUUUGGUCUGAAAACUCCCAUAGGAUGGAGCCCGUUCUGCCUCCAGGCUCUGCCUGUCACCUUGAAGUGUCACCAACUGAGAGCAGUCUUCCCCCUCCUGUUUCCAUGG